AUGCAGUGUUCACUGCACGGCCGCACUCACACUCACACACCACAUCCUUCCCCCCCCCCUCCAGUGCAUUACGAGGGGCGGUUGACCACGGGCGAGGUGUUUGACAGCUCGCGGGAGGACAAUGCAGUGUUCACGUUUGAAGUGGGCAAGGGGAAGGUGAUACGCGCGUGGGACAUCGGCAUCAAGAGCAUGAAGGUGGGUGAGCUGGCAGAGCUGACGUGUCAAUCAGACUAUGCAUAUGGAGAUGCCGGUUCUCCUCCCGAAAUUCCUCCAGGCGCCACAUUGGUGUUUGAAGUGGAGCUCAUGGCAGUUCGACCCCCCAGAGGCUCUGUCUCCUCCGCUGCUGCUGAGAAGGGCCGACUAGA